GAAGAAAGAAAUUUUUUCAUGUUUUCAUGUCGCAAUUUGUUGAUUUAAUUUUUAUCUUAAUUUAAAUUGUUUAAUUUAAUUUUUUUUCUUCUUCUUUUGACUUCAAUUUCAUCAAUUAAUUCACAAUGGAACCUAUGACACCGACAGCGCUUAAGAAAUUACGAGUAGUUGACCUGAAGGAGAAACUUUCAAAUUUUGGUUUACCAUUAAACGGUUUAAAAGCUGAUUUAAUCAAGAGAUUACUCGAUUAUUAUUCAAGUCAAGCGCGAAUCCGAGAAGAGGCAAAUUUCAAUGUAGUGCAACAACCUCCCCCUCAGUCUCUUCCCACUGUUCAACCAACCAUUGGUCAACCUGGUUUGGUACAUGGUGGAUCUAGUUAUUAUAUCAAUCAAAAUCAGCAUCAACUUCAUCAACAACAACAACAACAUCAACAUCAAUUACAAUUAGGUGGCCAUAUUCAACACACUUCACCUUCUCCUUCAUCUAUUUCAAUUCAACCUUGUUUUGCGCCAACUCCUAUGCCUCACGAUGAUUUACCUUUAAAUUUUUCAAGUCAAGUAAAUUCACUUUCAUCGCCUAUUGAACUCUCAACUCAUCAUACCCAUCAACCUAUUCAAACUCACCAGUCACAUCAAUCUCAUCAUCAAACACACCAAGCACAUCAGACACAUCAAGUUCACCAUGGUCAUCAUUUCCAUUCACCGCCAUCUCACAUGCAUAUAACACCUUCAGUAAUUGAAUCUUCGCACAUUAAAAUGCCCAGUGACGAUUCUGCUCACUAUUUUGGUAAUAGUCCUCAUAUUCAGAGUACAUCCAAUCAAUCAAUGGAUCAACCAUUGCAGUCAUCUUCGAUUGAUUUAUCAUCUAACUUAUCGUUUAACCAAAAGUCCAAUGUCAGAGAUUUGCAAGCCAUGAAUCAAAGCCCAAGUGAAGUAUCGGCUAACACUUCACCGAUAAAACAACCUUUAAAUUCUAAUUCUCCCGCGGUUUCUAUGGAUCAACCACAAGACCCAAUGAUCCAUGAUGAGCCUGAUGACAACCAAGGACAUGAAACACCUCAAAAGGCUAUAUUUGAUUUGGAAAAUCUUUUACAUGAAGCUUUGAAAGCAAAUCAACGAGUUGACUCUAGUGCCGCCGAUCUUAGUAAAGAUUAUGAAAAUUUACCUGAACAAACUUCUUCACUGAAUGAAGAUAGUUGUACAGUAACCGAUUUGUCACAAAAAGUUCAUGAAGAGUCUUCACCUGUUUUAGAAUCUAUAAAAUCCACUGAACCUAUUGUGCAUGCUGAACCUGAAACUAUUCAUCAAACCGAGCCAGAGCCAGAGCAAGAACCAGAACCAGAACCAGAACCAGAACCAGAGCCAGAACAACAACCAGAGCCUGAGCCAGAACUAGAAUCGAAACCUGAACCUGAAUUAGAGCCCGAAGUAGAACCUGAACCAGAGUCACAAGCCGUGUAUCAACAUCAGCCACAGUUUGAACCUGAACCUGAGUAUCAACCUGAAGUGGAACCCGAACCAACGUGUGUUAAAGACAUUGAACGAGAAUUCGAUCGACAAUUUCAGGGUGAAAUUGAAUCUGCACCCGUACUCACAUCACAAACAGAAAAAAUAAUACCUGAAUCUUGUUUUGAUAUGAGUUCAAAACCUAUUGAAGAUUAUGAAACAACUAGACCGACUUUAGAUCAUUUCAACUUAGAAGGUGAUAAUCUUCAAGAAGAAAAGGAAUAUGAACCAAUACCCAAUUUAGAUGAUCAACAAGAAACAACAUUAUUUUCUAGGGAAGAACAAAAUCAACAAUCAGAGAUGGACAAAGAAGGUGCAAUGGAGACCAAUGUCAAUCAGAUCGAAAACGUGGAAGAUUUGAUAACAGAAAAUAAACUUGAACAAGAUGGCGAAAAUUUGGAAUUUAUUUCUGAAAAACAGGAGCCAAAUUCUGUUAUUAAUGAAAGAGAAUUGAGUGAAGUUGAACAAACAUCCAGUAGCACUAUUGAACUUGGCGCCGAUGCUCAUCAACCAGAAACCAGUGAAAUUAAAGCUACCGAUGAUGGUGUUGACUUAGAAAGAAGAUCCGAAAGUAGCGAGACAAAAAUUGAACUAGUUCAAAGUGACACUAAUAUUGGUUUUCAUUCAAACAUCACCACUAAUCAAAAUCAAAUCGAUUUUUCUAGUGCUUCUGAACCAAAUGAUUAUUCCUCUCCUGAAGUGAAAGAACAGUCCAUUGAAGUGAAAGAACCAUCGAUUGAAAAGAAAGUCUCUCAAGAAGACAAUGAAAAAGAUUUUAGCGACAUGAAUGUUUCAGUGUUUAACGAUUCACAAGACACUCCUGUCAUUCCAUCUACGAUUGAGACACAAUCAUCUGAUAAAACAGAAACUGAACCCAAACAAAAGUUAUCCAAAAAUGCCAAGAAAAAGCUGCGAAAGAAGAAAAAGAAAGCUGAAAGAGCUAAAGCGUCAACAACAAAAGAGAAUGGAAACUCUCUAGAUUAUGAUGAAGAUGAUGAUGUUGAAAUAGAGUAUGUGGAAGAUGAAGUCGUCCGGGAUCCAAUUUAUUUCCAAUAUGUGAAAGUUUUUGAAAAGUUCAAAGGAGGUGACAACAGUAACAUUGAGUCAAAUAAUGAUGAUAGCGAAAUUACUGAUCCAGCAAAGAAAAUGCUCGAAAGAAAGAAACCCGUUGAAUUAGAAUUGAAAGAAGAGGAUGACAAUGACGGUGAACCAAAACUUUCAAAGCGAAAGCUGAAACAAUUAACAAGGAUGACAGUUGCUGACCUUAAACAGAAAGUAUCACAUCCUGAAUUGGUCGAAAUGCACGAUGUUACGGCUAAGGAUCCACUUUUACUUCUUCACCUUAAAUCUACUAGAAACUCAGUUCCAGUGCCUCGUCAUUGGUGUUACAAACGUAAAUAUCUGCAAGGUAAAAGAGGAUUUGAAAAACCUCCAUUCAAGUUACCUGAGUUCAUUAGAAAAACAGGAAUCAUGGAGAUGAGACAAGCUUUACAAGAAAAGGAGGAUGCUAAGUCUCUGAAAACUAAACAGCGGGAAAAAAUCCGACCUAAGUUGGGUAAAAUUGAUAUUGAUUAUCAAAAGCUUCAUGAUGCUUUCUUUAAAUGGCAAACCAAACCAAAAAUGACAAUACAUGGAGAUAUCUAUUAUGAAGGUAAAGAAUUUGAAACAAGACUCAAAGAGAAAAAACCUGGUGAUUUGAGUGUCGAUCUGAGAGUAGCCCUUGGAAUGCCCACUGGACCUAACGCUCAAAAAUGUCCACCUCCAUGGUUAAUUGCAAUGCAAAGAUAUGGACCACCUCCUUCUUAUCCUAAUUUGAAGAUUCCUGGACUUAAUGCCAGGAUACCUGAUGGAUGCUCGUUUGGUUAUCAUGCUGGUGGUUGGGGUAAACCUCCUGUCGAUGAGUAUGGUCGUCCAUUGUAUGGUGAUGUGUUUGGUUUAAGCACUGCCCAAGAUAGUACAAAUGCCGAAGAAGAAGUCGAUAAAUCGUUCUGGGGUGAAAUGGAAAGUGAAGAAGAGGAGGAAGAAGAAGAAGAAGAUGAAGGAGAUGAAGAUGAUGGAGAUCGUAGCGAUAGGCCCACUGGUAAAGAAGGUGAUGAGAGCGGCAUCGCAACUCCAUCUGAAGGACUGGCUACCCCAUCGGGUCUUGCAUCGGUUCCUAAUGGAAUGGAAACUCCAGAUAUUAUUGAAUUAAGAAAGCGAAAGAUCGAAGCCGAAAUGGAAAGCAAUGAGAAUCCCGCUUUAUACACAGUUUUACCAGAGAAGAAAACAGACAGAAUAGGAAAAGAAAUGAUGGGAUCAACUCAUGUAUACGAUUUGAAUGGACAAAAGAAAAGUCAAGGAGUCGAACGCACUUUAAACCCAGAGGAAUUAGAGUUGCCCGCUGCUGUAUUAGCUGCUAAAUAUGAGCAAACAUAUAAUGAACAGCAACAAGCUCAUUUAGCUAAAGAAGACCUUAGUGACAUGGUAGCUGAACACGCAGCGAGACAGAAAAGGAAGAAGACACAAGAUACAAGCAAAUCUAAUAAGAAAUAUAAGGACUUUAAAUUCUAAUCAAUCUGUUCCCAGAUUUUUUUUCAUAUUUCUAAAAAUCCCCUUUACAGAAGAUCUCUUGCCUUCCUUGGUUCGUCUUUUAAUCCUCUAAUUGUAACCUUAAACAAAAAUAAAUUCAUACUUAUGGACACCAA